AUUUGGUGCGUAGAUAUCAACGAAUGCUGGUCGCCUGACAUAUGUCAACCAAACGCUUAUUGCAUUAAUUAUCAAGGAUCUUACCGAUGCGCAUGUAAUGACGGGUAUGCUGGAAAUGGAACUGUUUGCCAAGACAUCGAUGAAUGUUCUCAGUCUACUGCCAGGUGUCCUUCAGUCGACGAAUAUUGCUCCAACAUCCCAGGAUCAUUUCUAUGCUGUAUUGGCGAACCUGGUCGAAACGAAUCGACUUGCAAAGAACCCUCUAUAAAGUUAAAAGGUUCGAUAAUUUCAAAAAAUACUGGCCGUGUUGAAGUAUUCCAUGAUGGACAAUGGGGAAGAAUCUGUGGUAAAAAUUGGGAUAUAAGAGAAGCCCAAGUGGCAUGUCGUCAACUUGGUUUCCCUGGUGCUAUUCGAGCAUUGUCCCCUCGUGAAGUACCCCGUGGCUACGGAAAAAUAUGGUUAGACAAGCUUGAUUGUACUGGUCGUGAGACUCAUUUAUCUAGUUGUUCUGGUAUUGACUGGAGAGAUCAUAACUGCCACUAUUAUAGAGUUGCUGGAGUAGAAUGUGCCUUAAGAGGUGUUGAUUAUUGUUCCAGCGGAUUACACAGCUGUCAUAGAAAUGCUGAGUGUAUUACAACUCUUGGUGGUGGCUUCUUAUGCAAAUGUAAUCAAGGUUAUACUGGAACUGGCUUUUCUUGCAAUGACAUCAAUGAAUGCUCAUCACCUCACAUCUGUCAUUCAAACGCUUCAUGCACUAACACUCCUGGAACUUACCGAUGCACAUGUAAAAGUGGAUUCAUUGGAAAUGGAACUUUUUGUGAAGAUUAUGAUGAGUGUUCCCAUUCCGCGCACUACUGUCCUUCAAUUGAAACUUGCAGAAACAUUGUUGGCUCGCAUGAAUGUUGCUUUAGACAAUCUGAUGGAAGUAAUGUUACUUGCCAAGAGAUGACUGUCAGAUUACAAGGACCGUCAAGUUUCAAUGGCACUGGUCGUGUAGAAGUGCGCCAUAACGGACAAUGGGGGACAAUAUGUGAUCAUAAUUGGGACAUAAACGAUGCUCGAGUAGUCUGUCGUCAACUUGGUUAUUCGAGUGCGCUCAGAGCUCUUCGAGGAGGGCAAGUUCCUUCUGGUUCAGGACAGAUUUGGUUGGACGAAGUUGGUUGUACAGGGAAUGAACAAAAUUUAGAGAGU